AUGAAUCCAAACUCUGUGGAGCUUAGCUUGAGUCUUAAGCCAUUAUAUGUGCCUAAAUCUUUAAGCAGCUUGUUCUUAGAUUUAUCAAAAAUUGAUAGUCAAUAUUAUAAGUUAUCUGUGUUGAGUGAUUAUAUUGGCAAGCUUGAAGAAGAGUUAGCUAGGGUUCAGCCUUUAAAACAUCUUCUUCCUCAAUGCACUCUUCUUCUAAUGGAGGCAAUCGAAACAUUGAAGGUGGAAUUCACAAACAUAAAGAAUAAUCUGAAAAAUAACGAGAAAGAAGGAGAAAGGGAAACCCAGAAAAUUAUUAGUACAUGCAGUGCUACAGAAGAACACUAUGGAAAUUCUCAGCCAUGCAACGAGAAGGGAAACAACAUGGAAGGGUUAAUGAUGGCAUACAAGGAAAAUAGUACAUGGAAUUGUGUUGGAGCAUCAAGCAGUAGUGGAAAAGAAAAGGAAGUGGCAGCCAUUGACGAAUAUUCAUGGAGAAAUGAUGAAACUUUUUAUUGUAAUUAUGAUCAUCAUCAUCACCACCACCAUCACCUAAAGCCAUUGACACAACCCAUUUGGAAGAACAAUAGGAGGUGUUGGUCUUCUGAGCUUCAUUCAAGGUUUGUGGAGGCUUUGAAUAUGCUUGGAGGCAAUGAAGGUUUGAAUUUUACUAUAAAUAUCCUUACAAUGUUAUGA